GUGUGUUGUUCUCGUUCAUCUUCUUUAUAUAAACAAACAGACUUCCACAUUUAUGGUGGUCACAUAAAGUUUUUCAUUUUCUCCUCUCAUACUCAGAGAUCAGAUUCUUAGCUCGCCGGCGACUUCUGCGAUCACAUUCUUCACGGCGAGUUACAUUGAAAUCACCAAUAGGUUACAAUCCUGGUCAACGAGGUCCCUAGAGAUAUCAAGAGAUUCUAGAUGGAUUCCAUUAAAAGCCAUGAAGAACCAAUAUUUUCAACCAUGUCUUCUUUUAGUGGGCAGGCCAGUGCAGGCACUUUUUUACCGGUAUCACGUAGCUUGCCUCUCACGUUUAACAAUGAUGCCGGUAGUGAUAGUGUCUCAAAGGCUGGAGAUACUGGUGAUCGCACACUUCAGAGAAGGCAUUCACAUCAAAAUGUAUUACUUGACCACCAUCCAGCUUUGAACACUGCUUCUGUAACCAAACCUUUCCCUGUGGACAUAACAAAAUCUCCUUUACCAACCGAGUUCCUCUUGUCACCUGAGGCAAACAACUCGGCAAAGGUGGAAGAGCCUGUGUUACCAAAGUCUUUGGAAUACAUAUCUUGCCUAGCUCAUUUGGCUGUUUUUGGGAUUCUUGGGGCUGUUACGAGAUAUAUGCUGCAGAAACUGUUUGGACCAAAUGUUGCUCAAGUAACCAGCGAUGGGAGCAUCUUGUUCCUUGAUCUUCCUGCCAACAUGGUAGGAUCAUUCUUGAUGGGUUGGUUUGGAGUCGUAUUCAAAGCAGAUAUAACGAGAGUUUCUGAGUUUCUAGCGAUUGGAUUAUCCACUGGCUACUUGGGAAGCCUAACAACAUUCAGCGGUUGGAACCAAAAGAUGCUGGAUCUUAGUGCUGAUGGCCAAUGGUUAUACGCUGUGCUUGGCUUCCUCUUUGCAUCAGUUUCUGUUGCAGGAUUGUUUCUUUCAGCAUACUCUAUCAUUCUUGGGGUAGAAACAGCCAAAGGUUUCAGAUGGCUUCUUCGCAGAAGAGCUUCUUCUGAGGAGAAAAAACAAUCUUGUCUCAAGGCUAACACCUAUAAGAGGAAUAUUAUGUCUAUGAUCUUAAUGCUUACAUUGCUUAUGGCUUUUCUCAUUGUGAGUGCCACUGAGCUUGUAAAAGAGUUUGACAAAGGAACAAGCAAGGCUCAGCUAUGGUUAGGUUGCUUAGUUGCAGCCACUGGUGUCUGGAUCAGAUGGUUCCUAGCCCGACUCAACGGACGUGGACUUGGAAAAAAUGGACAGUACUUGAGGUGGGUUCCGCUUGGCACCCUCAUUGCUAAUGUAGCUGCAGCUUCUGUCAUGGCAGCUUUGGCCACUUUAAAGAAAUCGGUGGACACGCCAACAUGUAACACAGUUGCUUCUGGAGUACAGUUUGGUCUGUUGGGAUGUCUGAGCACAGUUUCCACCUUCAUGGCUGAGUUCAAUGCGAUGAGAGAAAGUGAUUAUCCAUGGAGAGCCUAUGCUUAUGCGUUUUUCACCAUUGCAGUUUCUUUUGCCAUGGGAACUAUUAUAUACUCAGCCCCAGUUGGGUAAGUGGGAUUCACUACUA